UUUUGUUCCACAACUCUCUGACAAAUGGAAAAGGAAGAAGAAGAAGAAGAAAUGGUGGGGACUACUCUUUCCCAACAGCUCAGGAAUUACAUUCAGACCAUGCAUGAUCAGGGCAUACUUGACCAUCACUUCGAUCAUGUGAAAUCGUUACAAAAUGAAGAAAAUCCUCAGUUUGUUAUGGAAGUGAUCUCAAUGUUCUCCCACGAUGCUGAAAUUGGCAUUUCUCAAGCCACUGAAUUUCUGAACUGUGUUGUCGACUUUGCCAAGGUUAUAUGCUUUGUUCACCAGCUCAAAGGCAGUAGCUCAAGCAUUGGUGGUCAGAGGAUGGCCAUGGCUUGUCGCGAGCUGCGACAUGCCUGUGAUAUCAGGAGCAAGGAGAGGUGCCUUGAAAUCUUUGGGAGGUUGAAACAGGAGUACAAUACUUUGCAUGAAUGCCUCAACACCAUAUCCCAGAUGGAGAGAACCAUCAUCGCCAAUGAGACUAGACGCCGCCAACCAUAGCAAGCCUGCUUUGUGGUUGCAGCUUUAGCCUUCAGGUUCCUCUAAAAGUCGGAAAUGGUGUCUGUUUAAGACUGCUUUGAUGACUUUGUCCUCUGCUUUGUGUUAACAAUAUCUGGUAAUGUGUUUGCUCUUUGCGGGUCGCUUUUGUGUGCUCUGUGGUACCCAAUAAUAAAUUAGAUGUCCUUUUUGUCGUGUCUAAACCAUAAAAUUAGCUUGUGAUACCCAAUCCACCUCUAUCGCGAUUAGAAGUGACUUUCUAUGUCUCCUUUUCAUCCGGAUGACCUAUAGUCAAAGCAUUGGUUAUAGUCUUAAAGGCGAUUAGUGAUGAGUGAUAAAGGUCAAAUCCAACAUUUUGUUGAAUAUAUAGAUAUCGAAAAUUGCUAUUUGUCCAAAUCCCCAAGUCGGCGCCUCACUCUACAAUCUUAGGUUUGCCGACGUUGAUUAUCUGAUACCAGUGAAGAAAGAUACAGGCGAAGGAGUGAAGACACCUACAGGAAGCGGCAAACUUCCCAAUGCCAUCAAAUCAUGCAUUAUCUAAUGCUUGAGCGUGUGCUGCCGUUUACAGAAUUAUGUUCCAAGAGCGGUUAGAUAUCAUUUGGAUGCAACGGAAACAAAUCUAACACCGAGCAAUACUUGUUGACUUUGAAUUUUGGACCUAGCAACAAAAAUUUUGUGCUCUGUGAAAGAAGAAUUACUUCAACCCGGCAUGCGUAACAACUAGACAGUGGGUUUGCUGUCUCAUGACCAAAUGCGGUCAGAAUCUAGCAUGGUUCUGCAAAACUGACUAAAACAUGACAAUAUAGCAUGCACAACUGAUUUUAGACCGAUAAAUAUGGAUCCACAAAACUAGCAGCCACUUUUCUGCAGUUUGAUAUUAUUUCUGGUGAUUCAUAAACCCCGAAACUUUUUGCAAGAAUAAAAUGAAAGUACAAUCUAUAGAGGAACCAAACCAGCUCCAUGCAACUGAUUAAGAUUGUGUAACUUGAUGCUUGAAAGAGCAGCUUUGCUUAAGCCGUAACCACAGAAUAAAAGUGAAGAAAAGCAGCAGAAAGAAUCCUCAAAAUCAUAGGCUUAAUGACACCAUGCAAUCAUACACAUAUCUCAGCAAUUCCCAGGUAUCCAUAGAGAAGAGAACAGAAUUUCACAGUUAAUCCUGGCAUGAAAUCUCUCAAGCCU